UGCGUGUGUGUUGGCAUAUGUGGUUUAUGAAACCAAUUUUCAGGUUUACAUACCAGCAUUAUGAGACCAAUCGGUUUAUGAGGCCAUUUUUAGUGGUCUCUUAAUUCUGGAAAUUUAAAUUGUCAUAAUUAUUAACAAAUAAUUAAUAAAAUUGUUAUUAAUGUGUUUAUGAUUACUAAAUGCAGUAGUUUAUUGAUUAGUGUUACUAUUUUACUUCUAUUACACUACCUACCCUUUUAAGUAGCUUUAUAAAUAUGGUCUUUUAAACCAUGAUGUGUCUGCGUAAACUUAAAACAGUGCCCCUGUAGGAGGGAUUUGGUAUUGCAAAGUUAUACACCUGGCGCCAAAUUACACACACAUUCGCGCCAUAAGCGUUUGGCGGAAGUUACCAGCUACGCAGUUCGCGCGUUGGCUGCCCAAAUGAAGAGUCGCCGCACCGGAGUGAACACCGGAGUCUUCGAAGAGAAUGAGUCGAAUGAUGAGACGUGGCAGAGGAUUAAAUCCUCUCAAAGAUGCCAUACACCAUGUGAAAAUGGGGAAAGACAAAAACAUAAUAUCAGAGCGAUACAUUAAUCCCGCCAAAGGUCGGGGAGUAUUUGCAAAUGCCCUUAUUGUAAAAGGUUCCUUCAUUCUUGAAUACAGAGGAACUUUAAUUGAGAAAGGGGAUUUUGAAGACAUAUUAAAUGAAUAUGCAUACUUUUUUAACCACCUAGGGCAUAACUACUGCAUUGAUGCCUCUUAUGAUAAUGGCUCACUCGGUCGACUUGUUAACGAUGAUGAGAAGCCAAAUGCAAAAAUGAGGAAAAUUCUAGAUGUUGAUGGAAAGCCACAUCUAUGUUUGUUUGCAAUCAAGGACAUCGAUGCAGGUGAAGAAAUAUUAUACGAUUAUGGAGGACAUAACUUGCCAUGGCGUUCUCGCCAUGGACAGGAACAUUACAAGCACCUUCAUGAGCCCGUUGCUCCAACCAUGACAGCAUGUGACAUCAGGUCUCCUACAGAGCACCUUCAUGAGCCUGUCGGUCCAGCCAUGACUGCAUGUGACAUCAGGUCUCCUACAGAGGACAAAACCGUUGGAUCCCAGCAGGAAUCCACAAGACCAGGCAGCGGUGAUGAUGAAAGAGGAAGAAAGAGAAAGAGAAAAGAGAAGAACGUUGGAGUGAGAAGGAGAGAGACAGCCAGAGUUUGCAAAGCACAUCAACUUGUCAAAGAGGAGAUGAAUUCGCUUGAAAAAUGUUCUGUUUGCUCUGGACCGUUUUCCCCACUGAAGUGGUGGGGGCUGAAAUGUAAAGGGCUUUUGGAAAGCAGGCCAUGUCCAAACACAUCAGAAGGACUAAAAGCUGACAGACAAAUCUCUGAAAACGAUGUCUCUAGCAGAGGAAGGCGGAUGCCCAAAAGGAGACCAUGGACGAAACCUGAGGUGAACGCUGUGAUGAGACACUUCAAAAUGCACAUCAGCAAAGCUCACUUGGCAACAAUGAGGGAGUGUGAGGUCUGCAAAAGGUGCGAGCAUCCGGUCCUUCAAAACCGGUCCGUCCAAAUAUACGUGAUUUUGUACGGAACCGAGGGCGAAAUUUUAAACACGUGGAAAAUUAAGUCGAAAUUUUAAUGUUCGUAGUCCAAGGGGCUAAUUAUCUGUUUGACACAUUUUAGUUCUACUCUUUUAACUUGUAAUUUUUUUGAUAAAAAUGUAUGUAUUUAUUAGUUUCAAAAUAGAAAUUUUAAGAAAACAUGUUUUAUUCUCCUGCUGGUAGUGUUGAUCAUUUUAGUUUAUAUGUUUAAUCUGAGGGACUAUAGACCUCUGUUGAUGUUUUUUUAACUUUAACAUUUGUGGUGUUUCAUGAAGUUGGGUUAUGUUUUUCAUUCCUGUCCCUGAAAGGCAAUGUUUUGUACCUGUCAAUGUACAAUAUUUGACAAUAUGUUGUUGAAGAUUCAACACUUGCAACAUUAUAAUAAAUUACUACUAAUUUGA